AUGGACGAAUCAAGCGCCGAGCUAGCCUCCAUCACUCGUCGCGCCGAGCUACCGCACUCGACUGCAUUUCUGAAGCCUCGACAAGAUCAACAAGAUGAAUCUUACACUUGGAAUACAGACCUGGUCACUUGUGGUUACUUCAGAGAUAGCGAUAAUCGGGAGUCAACCUAUACAUGUGGCACAAGUUGCCAGUGUGGAAUCGGAGCCAACCCACCAGAUGAAAGCGUGUUUGGAGUCUGCGGCGUGAAUCCCUCCACUGAGCUCUCCUGCUUAUAUUCGACUAAAUGUUACGAUAACGGAAACAAGGGAAGAGACAACGAAUUGUACUGUGAGGACUACCCGGAUCGUCCACAUUGCGUUCAACUGAGCUGGACAGACCUACAUGUUACGGCAUGGACAUGUAUGAGCGAAGCCCACGAAAAGCUCGAGUUGGGAUAUAACUCGGCCGACCCCAUCACUCCGGCAAGCGACUACUCCAGCACCAGCGUUAGUGACUCCGCCACGGAUCCUACGACAGGACCAACGAGAACUAGUUCCAGUAGUUCUAAGUCACUCUCCAGAACCUCGCCUAGGCCAACAAGUGCUUUGACAUCCGCUACGGGAGGAGGUGCUGUCCUGCCAUCGCAAAGCUCAGGAAGCUCAAGCCGGAUCCCAGCUGCAGCAAUAGGGGGCAUAGCGGGUGGCUGCGUCGCUUUGCUGGCCGUCGUCAUCGCAGUCAUGUUAUGGAUUAGAUCCCAUCGCAAGACGAAGCAAGAGAACCACGCACGAGUCAGUACAAUGGGCAACGAGGGUCCGGUUGGACCGUUGCCGCUGCCAUUUCCGCCCCCAACAGGUGCAGUUGAGAAGGAUGCAGAGCCAGCACCAGGUGGGACACCUAAAGCAAAUCCAUCGGACCAGACCUUGCCACCAUCUCGAGGCACAAAUGGCCCAGUCUCACCUGUAUCGUCACCUAGUUUGUCGCCUGCUCCAAACGAUAAAUCUCACUUCUCGGCUGCGAUUUCAUCAUUGAACUCAGAUGAGAUCGGACGACUAUCCACACAACCUUCGUUCACAAGUCUUGGCACAUCAGCGUACAAGGCCUUCUCGAGCAACCACGUCCAUCAACUGCCAACAGUGAGAGAUCCUCCGCCCUAUCCGAGCGACUCCAUGGUUGAUCGCAGCUGGUAUGACCCCAACAGAGCUAGUGAGCUACCCGGGGUAGCCAUUCCCUAUCCUAAUCGAAACACGGUGGUGAGCGAGCUCAUGGGUUCUGUGCCGGAGUCACGGGGCCAGCGUUGA